GGGAAUGAUUCGCUCGCCCAUAUCGGCGGGAAGCCGCGGCUACCUUCCGCGCGUGCCCUCGGGCCCCUUGCGCGUGAUCACUCCCAGGAUGCCCGUCCAGUACCCACAGCGAUGGCCGCCCUCCGCUCGGGCCACGCCGCUGACACCGGCCAACAGGGGCGGUCGGAGGGACGACGAUGGCAUGACCCUGUUCCCGGAGCGGUCCCUCAUCAUGCUCCUCGUCUUCCUCUUUCUGUUCGUCCUUGUUGUCGUCAUACUGGCCAUCUCGGGCAUGAACUUUCCCGGCUUAUCGAAGGGCAGGAACCAUUCCUAGCAAGGGGCUCAUGACCAUGGAGCGGCGAAUGAGGACUUCCAUCGUGCACACCACAUGCCAUCACAGCGAGCAGGGGGCUCCACAACCAUCGGAGGCGAUUAAAG